AUGAGUGAUAGACUGAUCCUGGCAGCCGUCGACCCAAACGUCCCAUCGAAGUCAGCUAUAGCGAUCCUACAAGAACUGUUGAGGCUACUAAAAACCGUACAAGAUGAUGUGGACUUUGCCCAUCCAAUUAUCUCAAAGUUCUCGGUCAUCGUAGUCAAGCUUGACGGAUACAUCAGCGAUGCCGUGUCUUUCCUGAAUUUCGUCGAUAACAUCUUGGAGAUCCUUCACGAAGGACUGAAGAUGUGUCAGUAUCUGGGAGAAUUGAUUCCAGAGGUCGGCCCAAUCCUCGCAGAAGCUGCUUCAGCCAUCGAGAAUCUUCACAUCGAGCAGAUUGUCCGAGAGGUAGUGGAAGACAUCAAACGAGUCAUCAAAGAGGCGCAAGAUGGUGUCAUAAAAAACAUCAAGAGAAUCCUCACACCGAUCGCUACACACCUUACUAAUUUCAAAAAUGAGCUGCCCAGCUGGGUGAAUACGCUGCAAAUGAUACUGGCGAGCGCCAAACUGAUCAAUCUCGUCGAAGGAAUCUUCUUUGGCGAAGGUGGUGAAGAUGCUAUCACCGCGGCAUUGAAAGACCUGGUGGGCAAAAUUUUCGGCAAUUUCGAAGGUAUAACCAAUGCACUAAAGCCUCUGUACGAUUUUGCACACGAUACGUGGAAGACUAUAGAGGAGCAUAUCGUGAAGCCCGACUGCGUCCAGUGGCUCUGGGAGCAUACGAUUGGCUGGCUGAUUGAUAAAGUUCUCAACGAGCUGGGUUUACGGAAAUUCGUGGCGGAUUUUGUGGCCGAAAUCAAAGAAGCAAUCGGAAUCAACAAGUUGGAACAGAUCCUCAAGGAUAUUUUUGAAACUGUCUUAGAUAAGGCUUGUGGUCCUCUCGAAAGUUUGAUCAAAGAUGAUACGAGCAAGAACUCUUUCUUGUAUUGUAUCAAAGAGUUCAGAAACGGUGUCCACGAUUAUCAGAAAGAUCCAAUGAAGGAAGUGUGGAACCUCGUACAAAAGGCCAUAUUCCUUGGAAAGAAGGGGACGGUCGCCGUAUCCGAUGGAGCCCUUGAUCCAUGGGCUUUCGAAGAUGAUAAUCAACCGAACUCUAUCAACUCCAUUCAUGCCGAGCGGCCCAGAACUAUGUCCCAUCCUUCACUUUCUGACAGCGUCGCCCAAUUUUCCAACGACAAUCAGCCCUUUUCCCUGAACGAAGCGUCACAUGACGUGACUGCGCAGGUGGCAGCGUACCAAGGUCAUAUCGACAAUUAUGUUUCCAAUCUAGAGUCGUCACCAUUAGUCAUUGACUGGGACGCAUUGCACCGACCAGCUACCUGGUCUACGUGGAGUGAAGACGCCGCCGCUAAGCGGAAAGCUCAGGCUCAAACAGAAGCGAAUAUCGUACCUCUGACCGAAUCCUCACCAGGUUCCGUUGGUGUGCACACUAUCGGUGGGUCUGCCUCGGAACCAGCCGUCAAUGCAAAGCCCCAGACAGAUGGUCCGAAGAAGCCCAAUGAUCCACCGGCACCUAAAUUACACUACGCCAUAUAUGAGUCCGACGCUGUGUCGGUGUUACUGCGAACCAAACAUCAGCGCAUCCGUGAUCGUCAGACAAAAGUCUUGAAACCCUUGCCACCUCUACGGACCCGUACAGAGCCACAGACGGUGGAUGACCUCACCAUCAGUCUCAGCAUGAGUCCUUCUGAUGGCGUCAAGGCCGGUCAGCCUUCAGCUGAAUUGACAUCCUCAAAGCCUCCUAUUCAGCUUUCAGAACAUGAUCAAGCAGAGUUUGGGAAACAUUUCGGACCGUUUCACAAGCAAUAUCUAGACCUUGAGGCCUCCAUCGACAGAGCCCAGGCGGUAUUGAAACAUUUGGCAGCAAUCUCCUCUCUGGCCGACUCGACGUUCACUGCACAUACGCCUGAAAUAAGCCAAUAUGCCGGGCACCUGACCAGUCUACUCGACGCGCUUGAAGAUCCGCUGGAAGGUAUUGACGCGUUCAUCGAUGUCCCGCGCAAAUAUGAGACGGUACUCAAAGACAAAGUGGCUCCCUGGUUCGAAGGAUGGGGCGGAACCAAUGUCUCAGACUUUCUGAAAGUCUUGUUCACGAUACUCGACAAGCUGCACCGCCGUAUCGAUAGUCUACGGAAACACAAGCAAGAUCUUUUGGUCAACAAGUUACCAAAGCUGUCUAAGCUCCUUACAGAAUGUGUUAUACAUGCCAGCAGGAUUGUCUCGUAUGAUCGCCUGCCGAAAGGGCUCGGCAGUGGAGUGAAAGACUUGUCAAGCUUUGUGGCAGCGAUGCAACAUCGAGUCAGCAAUAUAUCACACGCCUUCAAGUUUCUCAAUGCUAUGGGAGAGACCCUGAUUGCGCACGCCAAGGAUAUGAAGCCACCUCCGGACGACCUUUAUGGACCGCUUGACAAACUAUAUCAGUCAAUGGCGCCAGUCAUGGGGCAUUACAUCGCAGAAAUGGAUGGCAUCGCCAAAAAGGUAGACGAGGUUUACGAUGCUUUGAGUCCAAUGUAUAGCGACCUUCAAUCGCUUUUUGUAGCUGUGGAAGAUAUAUCCAGGCAGUGCCGCACAGUCGAACAGCACUUGAUAGCCGCGGACUCGGUCCGAGGAAUUUGUCAUCGGGUAUAUGUAUCGAUAGGCCCCUUUGAGGCAAUCCUCGCCGACCUCGGUGUGCAAACAGAUCCUGUAGCUGCUCAUGGGGUAACGGAAACAGAUCCGCUUCCCGCGCCAAGUAACAUAAUCAACGAUUCGAAUGUCAAUGUUGGAACCCGAGUAGAUGUCGCCAACAUAUGGACUCAACUGCAGCCUCUGCUACCUGAUAUCUCACUCAAGAUGCUUGACGCGCUUGUCGAGGCGUUUUUCGGACUGGGUGGGAUUGAAGAUUCCAUUGAUAGAUGUAUUGGCCAACUCGAUGGCCGCCUCAAGAGUGACGUGGAUCGAUUUGACAAAGCAAUCACGUCACUGUAUGAGGUUGUAUCCCCACCAUCCUCUAUAACGUUCGACGCUGUUACUCCACAAGGCCCAUACAAGAUAUCGAUCCCAAAUAGUAUAAUGGACAAUUCAGGAGCAAAGCAGAUACAGAGUAUCUUUGUCGAGAUAUCGAAGCGUGCUUCGGGUAAGCGAGUUCCCGGUAGAGAAGGGAGCACAGAUCCACAAGAUGUUUUACUCAGUCGGUGGGCGAGAGACGAUAUCAAAGGAUCUGCAAUCAUUGAUCUGCAGGUGGUUGUAUGGGGGCAAGCCUGGGAUGACGAAGACGAGGGAGGCAGGCAUCCAAGUUCCGUGUUUCUGCAAUGGUAUGACAAUUUAGAACGAUUGGAUCGGCUCGUACAGACUGGCCUGUUUACGACCUUCAUGCGGGAUUCCCCCCGAUUUCACCUUGCUUCCCCAGCAACGGGAUUCCACGACCUCGCCGUAGCGCCUUUGGUCCGGCAACGAAGACAAGCUCUCGCCGCUCAGCGGAAGGUAUCAAUCGAGGCUUUCAUAAAUCAAGUAAGCAAAAUAUACACGAUCUCCAUUCAUGACGGGAUGCGAGCUCGCUUGAAGGAGAGGCUGGAUCGUCUGGUGAAUGGACAAGUACACUUGGAAAACGGCCAAUUUGACCUCUUGACGACACUGACUGGUCCCCAGAAAGAUACUCCGUUUGAGGUUCAAAAAGCUUCGUUGGUAGGCAUACCAAUGAUAAAUCACAAACUCCCGCCGGUUGCCCUCAAGCUGCUAUGCUCGCCUGAAGACUAUUAUGAGACCUUUGAAGACUACACAGAUCUCCGACAGCUUGUCGGAGAGCUGGAAGAAUUCGACAGACUUCUUCCUUCUUUACUAGAGCUGUACAACGGUAGUGGCGAGUAUCACGAUAGAGUUUGUGGAUGGGCAAAGACAGGCAACCCACAAUGGAAAUCGGCACCUUUUGGCGCGCUGCACAUGCUGCAUGACGCCUAUAUUAUGCUGAUCAUGAAGCAGAUGUACUUUGACCUUUGGCGUCCAGCUGGUGACGAGAUCGACUUCUUCAACAGUAUUGAUUUCUAUCACGUGCGAUGGCCUGACCAAUCUCGUAGUGCUACAUGGACAAACGGAGUCGUUCUGGCUGAUGUUGAUUCCGAAAUCGUCGAUUCUGGUGUGCUACAGGGUGUUCCGAGGUAG